UGCGUCUAUUUUCCAGUGAGUGUUUUCAAGAAGACCUCUCCGAGUACCUCUACUCCGCCGGCGUUGUUUUGGGUCGGCCUCUGGAAUCAGUUCAAUUGCCCUGGGGGGUGCGAUAAAAGGAUCAGUUUUGUGAAAGUCGUAUUCCUGGUUGUAAUACUGGUAGUGCUGAUUUGCCCAACCGUUUGAGUCCAAAACUCUUUGAUGCGAUGGGCGUAUUGAAUGCUCUUCGACGGGGCAUUGUGAGAGGAGCCGAUCGUAUGGCUGAAUUCACCAGCAAACGUGGCUCAAGAACUCACUACAAAGGCAGAGGGGCACAGCCAACAGGAGUACUAACCUCCAGUAGAAAAUUUGUUCCAGUACAGGCAAUGAUCCCACAGUUUUUGGUGCCCGACUUGGAGGGAUUCAAACUCAAGCCCUACGUGUCCUACCGCACCCCGGCUGGAACGGAGCCCGCUGUCACCCCUGAGGGUCUGUUCUCUGAGGCUGUGGCCCGACAGAUCCAGAAAGACUUUGAGGAAGGUUCCUUUGAUAAGGAACAGCUGGAGAAAUACGGAUUUGAGCCCACGCAGGAGGGAAAGUUAUUCAAACUAUACCCCAAGAACUUUAUACAAUAAAUGGGCCACCCAAUCUGAUCUAUCUGGAACUCUGACUUAGUGUCAAGGAUCAUUAACUUAUUUUGUUUGUGUUGGGAGGUCAAGUGGUUGCUAACAAUUUGAGACCGUUGAGCUGAUCGUGUGUUACUGAACCCUGGUGUAUUGUGAAUGUGCUUGCUGGAAGUACUAGUAUAUGGUAUUCUAAUUAAAACAAAUGUAUAUAUGGA